CCUAGCUGCCCGUGAAUGUCUUUAAAAGCCAAACUGAGAACCUUGUGUUUGAUCCUGAAAGGAAUAGGAAGCCACUGGAGUUUAUUGAAAUGGGAGUAGGGGAGUGACAUGGCCAGACCAGCCCUUUAGGAAAAUCAUUUUGACUACUGAGUAGAGGAUGGACUAGAGUGGGGAGAGACUUGAGGCAGAGAAACCAACUAUUAGUCUACUUUUGCUAUAGUCCAGCCAAGAAGUAUACCAGUAUGGUGGCUAUGUGAGUGGAGAGAAGGGGGCAUAUAUUAAAGAUGUUACAGAUAUAGAAUCUAUAGGACUUGGCAACAGAUUGGACAUUGGCAGUGUUUUAGGGUUGAGGAGAAAGAUACUAAGUCCUGAAUUCUGAGUUUAAGAUGUCUUUAGGACUUCCAAUUCUGAGGUGUACAGUAGGUAGUUGGAGAUGUGAUAAUGGAGGUCUGGAGAGAGGUUAAGCCUGGAUAAGUACAUCUUAGGAUCAUUGCAUAAAGAUAGUAAUUGGAUCCAUGGUAGCUUAUGAGAUCACCAAUCAAAUUAGUAUGGAGGUAGAAGAUAAGAAAGCCCAAGAUAAAAAAAAGAUUGAUAUGCACAUAUAUCCAUGUGCAUAUAGAGGUAAAAAAAAAAAAAAGCCCAAGAUAGAGCCUUGGGACACCCAUGGUUAGUGGACAUCACCUGGAUGAAGAUACCUCAAAGAAGACUUGAGGACUGGUCAGAUAGCUAGGAGGAGAACCACGGACAGAGGAGGAGAGAGCAAUGUCAUGAAAACCCAGAGAGGGAUGAAUAUCCAAGAAGAGGGGCCAGCCUGGCAUUCUGGAAGUUGGAGCAUCUCAACUUCUAGGAAGAAUUGACCUUUAGGAGUUUGGAAUGGGGAUGGAAGGAGGGGCCCGUGGAAGAGAAACUUUCUUUGGCCUUCUCCCCAUUUGUGACAAGAAAGCUCUCUGCCAUCUUCCUGCCUUCCUACUUCUCCAGGGUUCUGAGUUCAGGACAUGAGUUGGAGGAUGAACUGAUCCUGAGGUCCAACUACCUCGAGGACCUUGCUGUGCCUGCUGCAAACUGACCCAGAGUUUGGGGCAUCUGAAGCACGUUUAGCUGGAGUCAUUGGAUAUUUUUUAUAUCUAGUUCAAACGUCCUGUGGAGGGAGAUGCCGUCACUCAGAAAGGGGCCUCUGGCUCGGCUUGAGAGCCAACUGGACUGGCUCCAGAGCCAACUGGACCUACGCGUGGGCUGUUCAGUCUGCUCCCAGCCAUUGAACGAGAGUACAUAUAUAUGGCAUUCCAUAGAACACAACUGCCCCCGUGAGAUUCUCCUGGCAAGGACCAAGGGAGCGCCUGAGCAUCAAGAAUGGAGAAAGGUUGGACGUAGGCCCAGCUUCCCCCGGCCUAGACGUUAUGAAGUGUGCCGCUACUACAGACCUGGGAUGGGCUGCCGGAAACACCACAACCAAUGCACGUUUGCCCGAAGCUCAGAGGAAGCACUGGUUUGGACUUUUGAGAGGGAAAACAAUAUUCCCAGACUAUGGCUGAAAGCUAAAGUGCAGGGCAACUUGUACCAAGGGACUCCCAGAAUCCUGACUGCAGCUGAGGAAAUAGGGGCCGAAUUUGGAGGCUACUUCCAGGAACUUUGUAAGCCUUGCUUUCGGAACUGCCCUCCACAGGUGACUGUUCGGGGCCCAAACCUGCCGUGCCCGCGUCAUGGGGCCUCUAGCCUGCUGAUCAUGCACGUAACAAAGGAGGGUCGUAGAAAGAAACAGCUAGUGGAGAUCCGGCCUCGGCCCCGGCAAGGCCACCUGCUGGAAUAUUGUAUGUAUGUGUCUCGAGGAUACCCCUGUCGGCAUGGGGCCAUUCGCUGUCAGUACGCUCACAGUGAUGUGGAGAUGGCAGUGUGGGAAGCCGAAUCUAUGGGCUGCCUGACUCGUUCUGACUUGCUUGAGCUUCCAGUCACACUGGAAUCUGGAGCAAGGGCUGGGACCAGCAGUGAGGAUGGUGGUAGAAAUGGGAGCCCAUCUGCUGCACCCCAGAUUCAGCUGUAUUGCCGUGCCUGCCUUGUGACUUGCAGCUCCCAAGAGAGUUUUGAGAACCAUUGCUCAUCCCUGGAGCACACACAGAUGGUGUCCUAUGACAAGGGGGCCCUAUGGGAAUACCGGGCCCCUCCCAUGGGGCUCCGCAAAUUCAAACUUUGCAGCAGGCUGGAUAUCUGUGAGUAUGGGAAUGGAUGCACCCAGGCACACUCCGUGGAAGAGCUGCAGGAAUGGAUUCUGCGGGCUAAGGCAGCCCAGAUGAGAGAGGAAUCAGCCCGGCAGGAUGGACUCCUCUCCUACCAGGACCGGCUUUUACAUGAAUAUCAGCACUGCAACAAUGAAAUGCUGGUGAUGUCUGAGUCUAUACGUGACGUAACUGUGUACUGUGACCAGCCCUUACAAUGCCAGGUAGAGGACAAGAAAUCGCAAUGCAGAUGGAAAUUUAUCAUCCAUUCUAAGGACCCACUACAGCAUGUGGCCCUCCUCAAACAUCAGAUGGGAGCAGUCUUUUCCUUGGUGAGUCCUGGGCUUCCACGAGGACAGCUUUACGCCCAAGGCUCAAGAUUCCAUGUGCAGGGUGCAGUAAUGACCUUCCAGGUGGAGGUGCUGGUGGAGUGUGUCACCUUUGGUAGCUAUGAGCAAUGGGUAGCUUUUGACUUUGGACGCCGGCCUGUCCUGAUCCAGAAGCUACAUGUGCAAGUGGGCCAGAGGGAGGCCCCUGGGAUCCUGCCUACCUGUCCCCAGGACCAUGAUUGCCUUCUGGAGUUGAUCCGCUGGCACAGUGGAAAUCGUCAUGUGGUGCCCAGUGUGGCCAGGACAGCCGAGCAGGUGAAGCUGCUGGUCAAGUACAAAGCAAGCCCCCAGCAACUGGAGUACUACAAGUCAAUGGCUUUUGACCCGAUCCCCAUAACUCCAGUCAACUAUCGGGAUAGGAUGCAUCAAUUCUUAUAUGUAGAAGAGGAGGCUCAGCAGGAGCUGGUGGCCAAACUGAACCUUCAGGUGGAAGUCACAUUGACCUCCAAGAUGCAGACCUUGGCAAUGGGCAUGAAGCUUGCACCACCUGGAGAACUAUAUGCCAAGGUUCCAAUUCCUUGCUCCCUGACACCAGACACAGACCAGGGCUACUUGCUUAGUAGAGCUGUUAGUACUGCUUAUAUGGCACCUGUUCCUGCCCCUGACAAUCGUGUGUAUGAGGUUCAUGUGGAAGUCAAAGCCACUUCAGAGCAGAAUGUGUGGCUCUUGCUGCCAGCCCACUGUUGCUCUGCCUUGGGACUUAAGGAUGAAGACAUACAGCUUAUGGAAAUCCAGUUUCAAAUUGACAGGACUGUAUUUGGGAUAUGGCACCAAGCCAUUGAUGCACUUCAGGAUGAAGGACUGGUGGCACCUAAUGUACCUGCUUGUUGUCUGCCUUCUUUGAGGCCACCUCCCCAGGAACUCCGUGGUAAUCCAAAACAGAAGCAGGCCAUCUCCUUUAUCACAGGCAUAGCCAGUGGUCUGCGCCGAGUGCCUCCGCUGCUCAUUUAUGGCCCAUUUGGAACAGGCAAGACAUACACACUAGCUAUGGCCACACUAGAGGUUAUAAAACAACCAAACACAAAAGUGUUGAUCUGUACCCACACAAACAGUGCUGCUGACAUCUACAUCCGUGAGUACUUUCAUGCCUAUGUCACAGCUGGACACCCUGAGGCUGUGCCACUGAGGGUCAAAAACCCUGAAAGCUUUCUCAACCAGACAGACCCAACCACACUGCAGUAUUGCUGCCUCUCAAGUGAUGGACGUUCUUUCUGCUUCCCAACUGAGGAGAAACUAAAGCAGCACCGAAUUAUAAUCACCACCACUACCUUGUCCCGCUCCCUGUGUGUGCCACCUGGGUUUUUUUCCCACAUUCUAAUUGAUGAGGCUGCUCAGAUGUUAGAAUGUGAAGCCAUAAUUCCACUAGCCUAUGCCACCCAGAAGACACGCAUUGUACUGGCUGGGGACCACAUGCAAAUCACCCCCAAACUCUUCAGUGUGGGGGACAGGAAGUCUGCUGACCAUACACUGCUCAAUCGGUUGUUCCAAUACUACCAGCGGGAGACUCACGAAUUGGCUUCCCAAAGCAGGGUCAUCUUCCAUGAAAACUAUCGUUCCACCAAAGCCAUCAUUUCCUUUGUGUCUCGGAAUUUUUAUGUGGCUAAGGGCAACCCUAUUCAGGCUAGUGGACAGAUCCCUGGCCACCCAUGCAGGUACCCGCUCAUGUUUUGCCACGUGGCUGGUACUCCUGAGAGAGAUAUUACCAUGACAUCAUGGUUCAACAGGGCUGAGAUAGUGGAGGUGAUUGAGAAGGUGCAAGAAUUCUAUCAUAUCUGGGACUACCAGUGGAACAGCCCUGACCUGAAGCAAAUUUGUGUUGUGUCCCAUGGUUCUCAGGUAAAAACACUGAGGCAGGAACUGAGGAAGAAACAACUAGGAGAAGUAGCAGUGGAGAAUUUUGAAAAUCUGCCAGGUCGUGAAUUCCGAGUGAUUAUCCUCAGCACAGUCCAUACCCGGGACAGCCUGCUCAGCAGCUCGGUCCCCCACCUGGAAUUCUUCAGUGAGGCCCGAGUGUUGAACACAGUGAUGACCAGGGCCCAGUCCCAGGUAGUUGCUGUGGGUGAUGCCGUGGCCCUUUGUUCUUUUGGACGUUGCAGCAAGGUCUGGAAGCGUUUCAUUCAAGAGUGUGUAGAGAUGCGCAGUGUGUCUCCUGCGGACCUCACAAUGGAACAAAUCAAGCAAGAUGUGGCACACAGGCAGCGCUGGGCCUGGCAAAAUGGACUGCACCCUGUGAAGGCCCCCAGGGAGGACUUCUUAGAAGAGGAGGAUAAUGACCAUGACAUUCCCUCGUGGGUGUCUGAUGCUGAACUCAAUGCUGACGACCCCAUCCUGCAGGAGCUUCUGGAUGAGAGUAAGAAUGUGGCAGUGACAGUAACUGAGGAUGGGCUGCUGAAUGUGACAUCAGGUGCCCGCUCCCGCCAUCAGUAUGUAAGCUUUCCUGUGCCAGUGUUGCAGAAAUAUCUAUGCAUGCAGCCUAAGAUAUAUAGGAAAUGUGAACUGAUUAAAGAGGCCUUUGAGAAGGCAUCUGCCUUCACCAUAGAUGAUUCCCCACCCCUCAUUAUUCAAAUUAGAGGACGUACCAACUGUGGUAUGGCUUUCACUGGUGACCAAGUUCUAGUGGAAAUCCUGACCCCGGAAUUGGAGGAACAGGGGUACUCCUGGCGUCCCAUGGGCCGAGUGGUGGGUGUACUGGAAAGGGGUGACCGUGAGCUCAUCUUCAUAUGCAAGAUGGAUGAGUUUGACCCCCGAGUAAUGAUCCCCAUUGACCCUUCUGUCACCAAGAUAUUUGUGCCAGAGCUAAAGGAUAAGCCCAACACCAUUCCCAUCCGCCGCCUACAACGAGGACACAUUAAACUUAUUAGCUAUGAGAAGAUAACAGAGGAGACCAGGCGCAACCAGCUCUUCCGUGUGCAGAUCAUCUCUUGGAAAGAGAGGUUCUAUUAUCCACUAGGUAUCAUACUUGAAAUCCUUCCCUUGCCUUUAACCUUAGAACAAGGUUUAAAGAUUUUGGACAUGGAAUACUCUCUGAAUGCCAAUGGGAGAUACCCAACUCCAGUCAUUAAGGAAGUGAACCAGCACAACUUCAGUCAACUUCGUCUGCACAGAGGACAGUGGAAGGACUGCCGGGAUUAUCUGACCUUUACCGUGGACCCGCAGGGUUCCCGGGAUCUGGAUGAUGCUAUUAGUGUCCGGGACCUGGGAAGCCAGUAUGAGAUAGCUGUCCAUAUAUCUGAUGUGGCCAGCUUCAUGCCAAAGGAUGGGGCACUUGACCGUGAGGCUAGAAAGCGAGGUGCUACGUAUUAUGCUCCUGGGAAGGAUCCUGUGGCCAUGCUUCCAUCCAGGCUCAGCCAGGACCUGUUCAGUCUCCUUCCCCAACAAGAACGUCGAACUAUCUCCCUGAUUCUUACAGUGGAGAAGGAAGGUGACCGAGUAGUGUCCUGGCACAUCACACCAUCUAUGAUUUGCUCUGACCUCCAGCUGACUUAUGAGGAGGCUGAGAUUAUUAUUAAAAGUCACCCUGGUGGUGGGGCCAGACUGCCUCUCCGGCUGGGCACUGUAGAAGGUUGUGUUGUGGCUGCUUAUCACUUUUCCCAAGUUAUCCGCAGAGCCCGCCUUCAGGGAGAUUGCUACUAUGACCAACCAGAUGAAGAUAGCCCUCUUGGCUCACGUAGCUCCCACCAGAUGGUUGAGGAGCUUAUGAUCCUAUUCAAUAGCUAUGUAGCUAAGUUCCUAGUACACAAGGAUAUCACAAAGUUGAUCACCCCACUGAGGUGCCAGGCUGAGCCCAAUCCUCAGCAAGUGGCCCAACUAAAGGACAAGUAUAGUCACUUGCUCCCUCUGUCCCUCCAUCUCUCUUACCGUCUCUGUGGCCAGACCACCAAUGCUUCCCAAGCAACCAGCUCAGGAUACAAUCUUUGCAUCUUGCGUCCACUUUGGGACCAUCUCUGUCAGGCUGCUGACAGCAGGGACUAUAACAAGAUGGUGGACCUCAUUGCUACAGAUGAUAUCCACCCCACUCUGGCCCCAGCUGGGCUGGAGUUCCGAAAGCUACUCAGCCGUUCUUACUUUAGCCGCUCAAACUCCACUAGCCUGUCUAGGGCUGGGCACUAUUCAUUGCAGGUGGACUGGUACACUUGGGCAUCGUCCCCCAUAAGGCGCUACAUUGAUGUGGUGCUUCAAAGGCAGCUCCAUGCUGCCAUGGGCCGGGGCCAGCCUGGCUAUUCCCCUGAAGAUAUUGACCUGCUGUGCCAUGACUUCAACCGGAAGAAUGGGCGUGCGCAGGCUUAUGAGCGCAAGGCCCACUGCCUUCACCUGGCCAUCCAGCUCAAGGCCCAGUUGCUGACAAAGUUAUGCUUUGUAGUGAAUGUGGAAUCUGCAAACCGCUUUUUUAAGGUGAUUUUCCCCAUGAACAGGGAUACCUUGCCUGAUCCCUACCUUGUCAAUUAUCGUGCAUUGCAAUUGGUAGAGCAGCCCACUUUCAUCCCUGAGCGCCAGAAUAUAAAGCUGGUGUGGAAGAGGCGAAUAUACUCUCUGGAUAAGGGCAAAGCUUGGAUUCCAUCCUCCAAAACCCUGGUAGACACACAUGUCAUGCCAGUAAGCAGCGGCAUCUGGCAGGACCUCCUGGUGGCCAUCCAGAACCAGAACUUUCAGAAGGCAGCAGCCUUGCUCCUAAGGUCUAGAGGGGCUGCCCAGACCUCCUACCAUCAUCGGCCCCUAGGCCAGGUGUCUCGAAGCAAGUGCUCCCACUAUGUCGAGGUGGUACUAGAGCUAAGUACUGGGGAUGCACUGCAGAUGCAGCUGACCACUGAUGUCCAGAGGGGUUUCCUUGUGCCCUCCAUACAGAUGUGGAUGUUGACACCAGGUUUUGCCAUUUGCCUGGAGCAUGCUGAGAAACCCAUUGACUGCUUUUCCCGCUACGCUUCACAGGCAACCAAGGAUGUGUACUCUGAGGCACAAGAUUAUUACCGGGUGUGGGAACCACUCUGUGCCAUGGAGUCGGCUUCAAGCGCUGUGGCUGAGAAUGACUCUAUCCUCUUGCAUGGUGUUCCUAUUUCCUGGGACCGAGAGCGAAACAGCCAGGGACAGAUGCAAGGUUCCUUCUGCUUAACCGUUGGCUUCCUCAAGGAAUGUGCAAUUGACAUCAACUUCAAUUUCUGCUACCUCUGCAUCCGGUUGGAGAAUCUAAAACUGCAGGGUCCAGUAGAAAAGGAGGAGGAGAGGGAGAAAGGAAAGGAGGCUGCUUUGUGCCAAGGCUUUAGGAAGCUCAGUUUGUGCAAAGAGGUAGCAGAUUCACCCAUAGUCAAUACUCUUGACUCCUGCUUGAAUGUAGACCCUGACACCUAUACCUGGGUGGCUCAUGGGCUAACAGAGGAGAUGGAUCAAGAUGCCAAAAAGGUUGAUCGAAGAGAAGAGCGAAAGAAAAUCCAUUUUUUUUUGCACCAUGUAUCCAUGGAGAACAUCCCUGCGGAGGUCACCAGGAAGGGAGCUUGCUUCACCAUUGAGAUGAUCCCAAAGCUGCUACCAGAUAUCCGGAAGGAGGAAGCCAUCUGGAAACUGAAACAUGCCUCACCACUUGUCACCAGCAUUGCCUUAGGCCAGCCCAUCAAAGAAGGGUCCUGCAGAGCAAUGAAGUCCAGUGUCUUGAAGCGUCAGACCUUUGACAUCCCACGAGGAAAAUUCAGGCUCAAUAAAAGUCAGAACAGUGCUGUGCUAGAGGCUCUUGAAAAGCCUUUCACUCUCAUCCAAGGGCCACCAGGCACUGGGAAGACGGUGGUCGGGAUCCAUAUUGUAUACUGGUUCCACAAGCUAAACCAAGAGAAGCCCGAGACUGCCCCACUGCCCUUGAAAGGAGAGAAGAAAGACAAAGGGGAGAAGUGUAUCCUGUAUUGUGGGCCAUCUAACAAAUCUGUUGAUGUUGUUUCAGAAAUUCUCCUUCAGUGGAAGGAGGAGCUCAGGCCAUUGCAAGUCUACAGUGAACAGAUGGAGGCCAUGGAAUUUCCUUUACCAGGGAGCUACAGAAACAUGUUUCGCAAAAGUAUCCGGGAAGGGAAGCCAAAACCGGAGCUCAGAGACAUCGUUCUCCAUCAUCGUAUCCGGAUGCCUUCCAAUCCAUAUUAUCGCAAGAUAACGGAAUUCGAUACCAGAGUGAGGAUGGGGAAUCAGUUCUCAGAGGAAGAGAUUGAAGAAUAUAAGUUGACCAUCACAAAGGCCCGGAAACAUGAACUAAGCAACCAUGACAUCAUCCUCUGUACCUGCUCCUGUGCGGCCUCCUCCAUCCUUACUAAGCAGCUCAACAUCAAACAAAUUCUCAUUGAUGAAGCUGGCAUGUCCACAGAGCCUGAGAGCCUCAUCCCCCUUGUUAACUUUCCCCAGGCCGAGAAGGUAGUGCUGCUAGGAGACCACAAACAGCUUCAACCUUUUGUAAAGAAUGAUCACUGUCAAAACCUGGGCUUGGAGAAGUCCCUCUUUGAGCGCUACCAUCGUCAAGCCUGGAUGCUGGACACACAGUACCGAAUGCACAAGGAUAUCUGCAAAUUCCCUUCCAAAGAAUUUUAUGACAACAAAUUAAAGACUAGUGCAGAACUAAGGCGAAUGCCAAGCGUCUUCAGCCACCAAAAUCAAGAAAGCUGCCCCAUUAUCUUUGGCUUUGUCCAGGGAGAGGAGAAGAGCCUUUUGGUCUCCACAGAAGAAGGAAAUGAAAACUCCAGGGCCAACCAGGAUGAAGUGGAGCAGGUGGUUCGAAUAGCAAAGCAGUUGACCUUGGAUAGGACCAUCAAACCCAAGGACAUUGCAAUCCUCAGUCCAUACAAUGCCCAGGUGUCAGAGAUUAACAAGAGACUCUCAAGGGAGGGAAUUACUGGAGUGACAGUCUCCUCCAUCAAGAAGAGCCAAGGAAGUGAGUGGCGAUACGUUAUACUAAGUACAGUCCGCUCCUGCCCUCUUGGUGAAAUUGAUAGAAGACCCACCAAAAGCUGGCUGAAGAAACACCUGGGCUUUGUUAGUGACCCACAUCAGGUCAAUGUGGCGAUCACUAGGGCCCAAGAGGGGCUCUGCAUCAUUGGAAAUCACUACCUCUUGCGUUGCUGUCCAAUGUGGCAACGGCUCAUUGAUUUCUACACCAUGAAGGGAUGCUGUGUCAUGGCUUCCUCAGUGCAAGUCCGUCAGAGGCCAGCUUUCUUCCACUAAGACAUAGCCCUCAUAGGCCUUUUCUCUUGGGCCAUAAGGCUCAUUUGUGCACUCAGAGGUGGAUAGUCAAUGGCUACCUCUCCCUCCCUGUUGCCCUGAUAGCUUCGCAAUUUCUUUGAGACUUUUUUUCUCUCCGACACCAGGAAUGUCCAGCAUCUUGUACUUUAUUUUACAAAAUGCCAAUGAGAAAACCAAAUUGACCAAAAAUCCUCCCCUUUUUUCUGUCCCCCUUUCCCAGCCUAGGGAGCCUCACAGUGCAUCCCCAUGUGCCUUUCAUGACUGCAGCCAGUGGGGACUGAUGGAAUCUUGGGGGCUGCCUCUGAUAUCUAGCUUACAUGAACUCAGUAGACCAAAGCCUUUAGAGAAAACCAGCAAUAACAUGAUCCUUUAGAAAAUUUCUUUCCUCUCCUACCCCUGGAGGGAAGGAAGAAACUUAUUAUUUGAAUAGAAUAACCAUUUGGCUUUUUAAUCUUAGAGAAAAAGGAUAAGGAGCAGGUUGAGGAAUAACCCAGACUCUUCUUACCCUAUUUUAAGUGCUCUUAGUAAGAGUGUUCUGGCCAGAUUGUGGACUUAGAAGCCUCCAGGUACAGCGUAGCCUCUUCUCUGUACAUGAAGAGUGAGAGGUUUGGGGAGACCCAAGGGAUUUCUGCUAUAAACCCAACUCUGGAGUUCAUCCUUGGUGCUGUUCUGAGAAGAUUCUGGGUGAAGCAAAAGAACCCUUAGAGAAGCUGCUUAAAAACAAAGAAAGAAACAUUAUUCCUAAAAUGUUUUUUAAAAUCUGAUUGUUGCUCUGUAGCCAUGACUUUGUUUGUCAAUGUUGUACAUUGGAUGUGGUCUUUUUUUGUUGUGGUUUUUAAAGUAGCCAAUUGGUAUUGGAUAGAACAGGGAGCAAGGGAAGGAUUCUGGCAUUCGGAUAGAAGGGUGAGGUCAUAGCAGGUAAACUGACUGACCAAAGUGACCUCCCCCAGUUUUCUGGAGGGGAUGGGCAUUUAUCCUUUAGCAUACCACUGCCCUUUGCUUAUAUAACCCUGUAGACUGCUUCUACAACACCCUGGCCUGAGGUUUGGGGUUGGACAGCAGCAUAAAACCAAAUUCAAAUCAACACUGUUGUUUGCACUAACUAUUUUGGGAAGAGCUCUUAUUGUAAUGUGAAGUGAGGAGUUGUGCAAUAAUGCUGUCUUUAUUAGGUAGGGGGUGAAAGGCCAUUUAAGCUUAGUGGUGUGGAGAGCUGCCUGGAGUUGAGGCUGGAGCAGACUCAGCCCAAGUACCCCAUGCCCAAUAACAGUAAAGAUAGAAAUGCUGCACUUACCCCUGUUGCUGUACCUCUGUUCAGCCAAUGUUACCUCUGAGUCAGGGUCAGGCAAAGGAAGGGGGUGGGUUGGGUUGGGGGUGGAAUGAAUGCCUGCAACCUCUUCUUUCUGUUCCUCAGCAGAGAGGGCCUUGCUUUGCACAUGCCUAUGCUGUCCUGCAGGCCAGGACUCAGCUCUCCCCAGGAGGAUUCUUAGUUUGUUUCAGGGCAUCAUCUGCAGCUGUCUGAAGAUGGGCUUACCAUUAUGCCAGAUGAGCAAAUGGAUUUACCCUCUCUCUGAAUAGGGAAGAAAGAAGAAGUCAGCCUGUUGGCCUGGAGCCAGGGCUGGUCUCCAUUGUAGGGACCACAGUGUAUUUUGUGCAGAAAUACUGUGUUGCCUGCUUCUUGGAAACUGUUUCUGUCACUUGCUACCUUAUGCAUUCCACUGUGCCUGGCCCUCAGUGGGCAGGGCAGGAAGGAGGGAAGGCCAAGUCCUGGAGUACUGAUUGUUUACAAUAGGACCCACCAUCUAUCCAGGCUAGUGGGGCCUACCCUUCAGAGCCAAGGUACUUCUUGAUGAAAUCUCUUGCUAACUCAGGGUACAGACUGCUAUCAGUGCAGGUUGCCCUUGAGGGUUAGUCUGACCUUUAGAGAUUUCUCCAUUUGUGCAGGCACUCUGAUACUGGGGAAUCUAAUUCCUUCUACUCUCCCCUUCCCUACCUGCCCUUUACCCUACCAUGGAGACCUUAGGAGGGGAGCCCUUAACUAGGGACAUGACAUAUUGGGGGAGCGGAAGCAGGGGAGACUCGCUGUUUUGAGCACUGCCUCUCAGGUUUCCUGUAAGCCACAGCACUGUGGCAAGCUCAGGGAAAUGGAGGCUCCUCCUCCCUCCCCCCACCUGCUCUCACCCUAGAUCUUGGUUCAAUAGUUAUAUGUUGCUGCAAAGUAGUUUCUACUAGCUUUUGGAUUCCUUUAAGGAAAGGACUUAAUUGUCUGAUUUGAAUGUUUGAUAAAUCAAGGAUAUAUACCUUAACAUUCCAUUUUUUAUAUCUAAGGUUUCUAUGAUUUAAUAUUAAAUUAAUUUUAUUAUAACAGCAGUACUCAUGGAUUGUAAUUUGAUGUCUCAAAGUAUGUGAUUUGUAUGUAUAUAUGAAAGACUGGGGGUGGUACAGAAUGGGAUGGAUGUGGAAGGUGUGUGUGUGUGUGUGUGUGUGACAGAGAGUGCAUGUGAGUGAGUAAGUGAAUGAAUGAUCGAGGUUUAGACAUUUUGAGAGGACAAGAGGGAGAGAUGGAAAAUGACAUCUAUUUGCCCAUAGGUGUCAUCUCAUCUAGGUGAAUUUGAGAGAUGAAUUUGCCCUUAUGGAUGUGUGUCUGUUUGUGUUGAUGGGAUGGGAUGGUGGUUGAUGGGUAGAGAUGGAUGUCUGCUUCUCUGGUGAUGGGUACUUUCCUUCAUUUGCAUGUAUUGGAGAGGACAAUGGAUGCUUCACCCUAUGGGUAUAUAUAUGAAAGAGAUGGAUGAAUAUGGGUGUGCUUUAUCAGGAAUUAGAGUUUUUCUAUGAGUGUGCAUGUAAGGUUGGAUAUUUACCCCUUUCGGUAUUUUAAUAGUGAAACAAGUAUGUUCCUCUGUAUAUGUGUAAGAGAAUGUUUGCACUGACCCUUAUAUAUUCAUAUAUGAAAAGGAGGGCAAGGAGUUAGUGUAUUUGCUUCUUUCUAUAAGUGGGGGAUGGAUGUGCCUGUCCCUCUGUGGGGAAUUGGUGUAUCUGUCUCUGUGUAUGUGGCAGGAAAAAUGUUAUUUUUCUGGUUCUGUGUGUAUGUUGAAUAUAUAUAUGUGUGUGUGUGUGUGUGUGUGUGUGUGUGUAUGUGU